GUUGUUUUGUUCGUAAGGGGAAAAAAAAGUGUCGCCAUUUUGUUGGAUAAAGUGCUUUUCUAAGGAUAUUUUUUGGUUCCCGUGCUUCCUUCGGGAUGGGGGAGACAAAAAUUAUUUAUCAUAUAGAUGAUGAAGAUACCCCCUACCUAAUAAAGCUCCCCAUCCCUGCAGAUCGGGUAACUUUAGGUGAUUUUAAGAAUGCAUUAAAUCGACCGAACUUCAAGUUCUUCUUUAAGUCAAUGGAUGAUGAUUUUGGGGUGGUAAAAGAAGAAAUUGUUGAUGAAGAUGCCCAUUUACCAUGUUUUAAUGGAAGAGUAGUAUCCUGGCUUGUUGCAGCUGAUAACAGUGCUUCAGAUAGCCAGUCAGUAACUGAUUCACAAACUGGAGAUGUUGUACAACUACCUGCAGAAAGAGUUGGUGGUAUUGGAGAUAGUCGUCCCCCUUCAUUUCACGCCAAUCCUUCUUCAGUUGUCAGUCGUGAUGAGCCAUGUGACACUUGUACAGAAUCAGAUUCUGUACUUAGUAGUGCAAGAAGAGUUGGACCAUCACAACAUGUUGGAAUGCCUGGAGUAGCUUAUCGAUUCAGACAAACAGUAGGAAAUAAUGGGCCAAGGAUAAAUGGCCAUGGCCAUCUGAAACAUGACAGACACAGAGAUCCUCGCAAUCUUUAUGAAACAUCAACAAUGCUUAGCAGUGAUCUAGAGACCACCAGUUUUAUAGACUCAGAAGAAGAUACAGCCAGCAGGUUUUCCACAGUAACAGAUACAACGAGCAAGUCUUCAAUUUAUGGGCGCCAUAGACGACGGCGGCGGCGCCAUAGGCCUCCCCCUAUUAGUCGUGCAUCUUCAUUUAGUAGUAUUACAGACUCCACCAUGUCUUUAAAUAUUAUAACAGUCACAUUAAAUAUGGACACAGUCAAUUUUUUAGGUAUCAGUAUUGUAGGUCAGAGUAACAAAGGUGGUGAUGGUGGCAUAUAUGUUGGUUCUAUAAUGAAAGGAGGAGCAGUGGCUCAAGAUGGUCGAGUUGAACCAGGAGAUAUGAUUCUUGAAGUGAACGGAAUAAGCUUUGAGAAUAUGAGUAAUGAUGAUGCUGUUAAAACUUUAAGAGAAGCUGUACAGAAGCCAGGUCCCAUUGUACUAGUCGUUGCCAAAUGCUGGGAUCCCAAUCCAAAAGGUUAUUUCACUGUUCCUCGACAAGAACCAGUUCGUCCUAUAGAUCCAUCUGCCUGGAUAGCCCACACAACUGCCUUGCAACAGCAGUAUAUGGGUCGGACAGGCCCUGUAGCACCAUCUAUCAGCAACAUGACAUCAACCACUUCAUCUUCUCUUACAAGUUCCAUACCAGAGUCUGAAAGGGGAUUUGAUGAUAUGAAUUUGACAAUAGCCACUGAUAUGGGUACAGUGGUGAAAGCUAUGGCUCAGCCAGACUCAGGGCUAGAGAUUAGAGAUAGAAUGUGGUUGAAAAUAACUAUAGCCAAUGCAUUUAUUGGUGCAGAUUUGGUGGACUGGCUGUUUACACAUGUAGAAGGUUUUGCAGAUAGGAGAGAUGCUAGAAAAUAUGCUUGUCAUUUGCUAAAAGCUGGCUACAUUAGACAUACAGUCAAUAAGUUGACAUUUUCUGAACAGUGUUACUAUAUAUUUGGAGAUUAUUAUGGUGGUCCACCAAUAUAUCCUGAUCUAGCUUCUCUCAAUUUGGAAGAUGUAGAUUCUGUAUCUGAAGCUGAUCGUGAUACUCUGGCUCCUCUUCCACCUCCAUCAUGGAGCAGCAACCAAUUCCCUUACAGCUCCAGCUCUUACCUCCCCCAGAACUUACAUUAUAUCCCAGCCUACGCUCUUAACACUGGAGACAAUGCCAGCUUCGUGGGCAGUUUUGUGGAUGUCCCACCUGGAGUUCCCAUGCCUGGCAGUAUUGGGGUGCCUGGUAGCAAUGUUGUAUCCCAUGGUGGUGGCAGUGCAGGGAGUGUACACAGUGCAUCAGUUGUGGCUAAAGAUUGUGCAUGUUUGUCAAGUACUUAUAACCAGCUGAAGAGACUCUGGGAGAACAAAGAUAAACAAAAUGCACAAUUACACCAGCAACAUGCCACUACAGGCCCCAGUGGAGACCAUACUAUGGGUGACAAGCACUCGUAUCCAUAUGGCUCCCCUAUUAACUUACGUCACCAUCCUGCAUGCUUGAGGAAUUCCAAUAGUAGCUUAGGAAGUAGUGCCUCAGGGAGCAGUAAAAAGGACAGAGACAAAUCUGGAGGGAAAUCAGGGAGUGGAAGUGAUACAGAUGCAAGCUUAGCAAGUGCCAGAAGAGUGGGACCGUCUUCACAGGGGGCACCUGGAGCACCUCCAAUGUCAAAUCUGUCUUCCGUUCCUCCAGAAGUUAGUGGUAGCAGGCAAUCAUUUCGUAUGGCCAUGGGCAAUCCCUCUCUCAUAGAAGCUGAAGAUAUAGACUGAUGAUGGCAUGAGACUUCGUGGAAACUUCUAGAAAUAUAUAUUGCCCCAAACGGAUCAGUCACAAAUAGGCCCUCCCUAGCAGGCAGUCAAGCACAGUGCUGUUGUUUUUUUUUUUUCUUCAGCUUCUUAAAAACUCGUCAGACAUUCUCUGUUCUAACCCAUCUCUUAGAACGCUUGGCUGGGAUUGUACCAAGUCCAACACUACACUUGACUGUGUCAUGCAAAAUUGUGUGAUUGUUGACUAGACAAUGUAAUGUUAUGAAGACUUGCACUUAACUUUUCAUGUUCAUGUCAUCAUUGCUGUGUCAUUGCAUUUUGAGAACACUGUAUCCAGGAACACUCUGCCACAUUGCUGCUUAGUAUGUUGUACUUUAUUCUGGAAACUUCUUCACAGUUAAAUAUUAGUUUGUUUACCCCUGUCCACAUUUUUAUAUAAAUAUAUAUAAAGCAGUUUCCAUUAAAUGUAGUGAGUCCAGAAAUUAAUUCAAUAAACUGUUCACACUGUUUUAUCAUUAUUGUUUACUCUCUACAACUUUGAAUGUCUUUACAUUUAUCAAGAAGCAUUUUUUAAAAACACAAUUUUUUUAAAAUGAAUGAUACUAACAUACUCAGAGUUUUAAAAAAAUGAUGCUUCAGUUGCUUGUAACCUAAGUUGUUCUGCUAAAGUAGUUAAUAGGAUAGUGUUCAGGACAAUGUAAGUUUGACUAUAUUUUGAUGGGACACUAGUGCUUUAUGUCUUAAAAAUACUGAAACUGACAUUAUUCAUUCAGUAAUUUUUUAAUAUUAUUUUUUAAGACUUCCUUCUUACAUCUUGCCUAGGCACAAGAACAAAUUGAUGGUUUCAUCAUGUUUGCUUGUAAUACCUUUUUUUUUAAGAGGGUGUAUCUUAUUAGGCACUGAUUUUGUUGUAAAAAAAUUUUUUUUACUCUGUUCUAAGUGAAAGCAUAUCAAAUGUUUUUUUAACCAUAGGAUAAUUCUCCACAAAAUAAUUUUUUUUUUUCAAGACAGUCCUGCUAGGAGAUAUUGAAUAUUUGCUAGCUGAAUUAAGUCCCCAUGGUGUUCCCUAUAUACAGGUGUUCUGAAACUUUAAGAGAUCUUCAGGCAGGGUCUCAUCCUAAGUAGUUUGUUUGGAAUUAUUUAAAAAAUUGUUUUUUUUUUCAAAGAUACUCUACUAUUGUUAAUAAAAGGUCAUUUAUUGAAGCAUGAAAGUUUGAACAAAGUUUAUUGUGGUUUCUGUAAAUGAUAUACAUUUGUACAUAACUUAUAACUUUUUUUAAUAGCUUGAAUCAAAACAAAGCAGCACAUCAGAAUUAUUGUCAGAUAUUUUUUUUUGUUAUAAUUGUAUAGCAUAUAUAUAAAUGGGCAUACACUUGAUAGGAAAUAGAAACUUGGGCUGAGGGUUUAUUCAUUUUAUUGUAAUCAGGAUAGUUACACUUGAGUUACAACUAGGUUUUAUUUAAUGACUAACCACAAGGAUUAUUACAACAUAGUGCAGACACAGUAAGACAGAAUUGCCUAACUGGUCAAGUAGAAUUUGUUUUUUGAUUGUUGCUUUGAAUUAAACCUCAUGAUGAAUACAGAAAUGUUUUUAUCUCUGUCAUAAAGUAAAGAUAAUAUGUUCCAAUGAUAUCACAUUAAAUGGUUUGGAACAAAACAAACAUUUAGAUAUGUUCUGUUGUGUUAGUUACAAGAGUAUUUUAUGCCACUGUAUAUUUGUCCUUUAAAUCCAUUGUUUAGGAAAGUUCGUAUAUUAUGGUUCAUUGACCACUUGCUGCUGAUCUGCUUCAAUCAUGUACAUAGUUCUAUACAUAUAUUCAAUACUUAUGUGCAAUUUUUGUGUAAGCAUCCUUAGUAUGUCAGUGACUUACUAAAUUAGAGAAUCAUAUCAUUAUACUUGUACCAGUCAGGACUGUUGGUGAACGUUUUGUCUCAAAACACUGUACAAUUUGUAUAUUUGAAUAAAUAUGACAUAAUAACAUA